UUUAAUUAAAAUUUGUAAUCGAACAUGUGACUGUCAAACGAAUGAGUCGUGGAAUAAACAUGUGAUAAAGUGUAAAUUAACGAUAUUCAAAUUGUAAUUUGCCUGCAAGACAUUUCUGCAAUGAUUCGGUUCAUUUGGAAAUUGGCUGCAAUUGAUUUGAUUAUGAAAGAAAAUGAGUUUGCUAAACAGUUCACACAUCCAUUCCUGGAAUCAAGUUCUUCAAGAAGUAGAUUAUGAAUUACUUAAUGUUGAUUGCCAUUCAUCUUUUUUAUCUUUAUUUGAAUGUUGCUGUGAUGUAGCAGUCAGUGAUGGACAGUUUUUUAAGAAAAUGUUUCCGUAUAUUCCAACUUCUUUUUAUCCAGCUCUCAUGAAGUCUGCUUUAAAGAAUGGAAAUCUUCCAUCUAUUCAUAUCUUGCUAAAUGUAUGGUCAGAUCCAAUUUUUUGCCUUUCAUCAUUAGUGAAACCAGUUUAUCCCCAUAUUAGGGGUAUCUACGAUGAAACAAAUCACUUAUAUUUACAGCAACAACAAAUGUAUACCUCUGCUCUUAUUAAUAGUUUUAUGAAUUAUCUAAGUAAUUAUUCAAAAUUAUCAAAAUCAAAACUGAGAAUUUUGGAUCUUCAAGGAUUUCCAAUAGGUGAUGAUAAAAUAUAUUAUAUUAUUAAAGUUAUCUUACUAAGUUGUGGUAUAAGAGAAGAAAAAAUAAACUAUUUUAUGGGAAAAGAAAAUCUACUACAUUAUGGUGAAAGCAGAAAUUAUUAUUAUCAGAAUGAUUGUCCUUUUAAUGUGAGAUGUAAAACAAAAUUGGAUUUUAAUUUAAUUUUAGAUAAUCAGCCAAAAAUUCCAUCAUUUCCAUAUAAAAUAAAAAUAGAUGGCAUCAUUUCCAAAACAUCUGAACUUGUAUUGUAUAUGCUUCAGUCGACUGAAGUUCGUGCUUCACCUUUGAAAUUGGAAUUCUGUAAAGUAGGAUUAUCCGGACUUUUCAUUGACUCACUUCAAUCUCUGUUAAACUCAUUACAAACUUACAUUUUAAAAGGAUUAUCAUUAUCAUAUGCUUCUUUAACAAAUGAAGGUAUCAAGAUGGUGAGUCAUAAUCUCGUUCUUUUUUUUAACUUGACGUCACUGGAUUUGUCUUAUAAUAGUAUUAAUUUAUCAUCAAGUUCAAAUGUGCAAUGGUUGCUAUGUGACAUGUUCAAAUCGUUUCAAUAUCUCGAACGUCUAAAUUUAAGUAACAACAGAUUAACUGGUUAUCUGAAAAUGAUUUUAUUCCAUGUUGGUGAUUCAAGAGUUAAAGAAACUGAUUCUGUAGUGAUUCAUAAUGAUGAAGAAAACAAACAUUCAAAAAGACAUCGCUGCUAUUCUCAGGGUUUACAAUAUUUGAAUGUGUCAGGUUGCAGAUUGAACAGGGAAGAUAUAGAAUAUCUUGCAGAAAGUCAUCACAUUUCUACACUAAAGGAAUUGGAUAUCAGUGAUAAUAACUUUAAUCAUUCAAUAAAAAGCAUUGAAAAACUUCUAAAGGCUUUGAAAAACACCAUUUAUAUAUUAGAAAUGGAAGGAUGUCGUUUUAGUUCCCAACAAUUACUAGGACUUACAAAGAUUUUAUCGACAUUUUCUAAUCUUAGCUAUCUCAAUUAUGCAAGACAAAAACUAAUAGCCUGUCGCGAAAUAAACGAGCAGUUAAAUUUUCUCCAGUUAAUCGAUAGUUUAAAGGUUAUCAGAUUAUCCUAUCCUACCAUUGACGAAGAGCCACAGGAAAAUGAAGCCACAGAAAUUAGGAAGACAUUUUGUAAUAAAAAGAUUAUUUGGGUGUAGACGAAGAGUUUUACAAAAUUUUGUAAAAUGUUAAGAUUUUUUAUAAUAAAAACAUUU